CAUGGCGGCUCUGAGCGGCCUGGCGUCGGCGCUGGAGUCGUACAGAGGCCGUGACCGGCUGAUCCGAACGCUGGGGUACUGCUGCCAGCUGGUCGGCGGGGUCCUGGUCAAACAGUGUCCUGCCAGGUCCGAAGUGGGGACGCGCCUGAUGGCAGUGUCUGCCCAACUCAGCCACUGCAGGACCGUCCUGCGACUCUUUGACGACCUGGCCAUGUUCAUGUACACUAAGCAGUACGGCCUGGGGACAGAGGAGGAGGACGUCUUUGUCCGCUGGAUGUCUGUCCUGGGCAACAUAGCCGACCAGCUCUUCUACCCCUGUGAGCACAUCGCCUGGGCCGCUGACGCCAGAAUCCUCCACGUGGACUCUUCCUGGUGGUGGACACUGAGCACGACCUUCUGGUGCCUCUCCCUGCUCCUGGGGGUGGCCAGGUCCCUGUGGAUGGUGCUGAAGCUGAGGCAGAGGCUGCGAAGUCUCACGGUGGCCUUCACCAGUCAGCCGCCCUGGAGCAAGCGGAGGGCCAUCAAGGUGCAGAUGCAGUCGGAGGUGCUGACACUCCUCAGCAACCUGGCCGAUCUGGCUAACGCCGUGCACUGGCUGCCCCCCGGUGUCCUGUGGGCUGGCCGCUUCCCGCCGUGGCUGGUUGGCUUCAUGGGCACCGUCUCCUCCCUCCUCAGCAUGUACCAGGCAGCCCGAGCUGGUGGCCAGGCCAAUGCCACCACCCCCUGACACGGCCCGAGUUGCACGUGGACACAGCCACACCCGGUGGCAGGCCCUUGCAUCCUACACAGCAGAAAUCAUCAGGGCACAAGCCCACGCGUGGGGUGGGCAGAGGGGGUGGUGUGAGGCCCCCCGGCCCCAGCCAAGGCCUCCGCGGGGGAAGCUUCUCUCUCAGCCACAGGGGAGGACCUGGGACCUCUGAGCCGUCGCGAAGUCUGGAAAGGUUGCUGCGGGCCUCAGCAGAGCCUCCCAUAUCCAAAUAAAGGCCA